AUGGGCCGUUUUUUCGUCAAUCACAACUAUGAUCGGUAUCAGGUCGCACUUUAUCUCGGCAUUGUUAUUGCUUCUCUACUGCUUCAUGUAACGAAUGCUGCUACUAAUGGCACGGAAGAAAACGAUGGACUUCUUGCCACAGCACAGAAUUAUUACAAGCAAGUUGUUGAUCUUCUUCCCGGCAAAUCGAAUGAGAAUUCAACGACAGUAAAUCAAACUUCGAAUGAAAAUGGCACUACAAUAUCAUCUCAGCGAACGAAUCGUUUCGAUUUUCGAACUAUUUUAUCAAUCACUGUUCGGCUUUUAUCUCAAGCUUUGAUUAUCUUUGGUGGUGUUCUGCCUUAUAUUCCACAAUAUUUGAUCAUCAAACGUAAACAAAAUGCAGAGGGUUUCUCGAACUAUGUGUGUCUUACUCUGCUUGUUGCAAACAUUAUCCGUAUCGAAUUUUGGUUUGGCAAACACUUUGAAAUACCUCUUCUUAUACAAUCAAUCGUGAUGAUUCUAUGUAUGCUUAUUAUGUUGGAACUGUGGACACGUAUACACGCGUUAACAAUGCGUCGACAACUCGAUACGGAAGAAGGUGGAGCUGGCUCAAAAGAAGUAUUAACCGAUGAGUUUCUCGAUAAGAAAUUUACCGAUUUCGAAGUCGAUUAUUUCUGGAGAUGGACAACAUUUGCGAGUUAUCUUCAGUUCUUAUUUCUAAUUACGUUCAUCUUCAGUAUCAUGACGUGGUUACUUCUGAAAAAUGUCGUCUAUAUCGAAACGAUUGGCUUUCUAGCUGUCGUUUGCGAAGCACUUCUUGGUAUACCUCAAUUCGUACGAAACUUUCGUCUGAAGUCAACCGAAGGAAUGAGUGUAAAAAUGGUUCUUUUGUGGGCAUCCGGUGAUAUAUUCAAAACAGUCUAUUUCAUUAUUCGCAAUGCACCGAAGCAAUUCUGGUUAUGCGGUAUCUUGCAAAUCAGUAUUGAUGUUGCCAUACUUUUUCAAGUUAUGCUCUACUCAAAUAAAUAUCGAUUUCGUCAACAAUAA